AUGCCAGGCCCAAAGAAACCACAACCACCACCAUCCCAACCCCUCGCCCGCCUCUUCCACCUCCUCUCCUCCUUCCAAACCACCGACGAGAUCCGCACCUACCUAAUCGCCGACAUGCGCUCCGGCCACAACUUCUGCCUCUCCUGUUCACCUGCAGGACUCCCUCCGGGCACCUGCAACCGCACAUGCGUCCUCCUCUCACCACACAAGUACGCGCCCAUCAAACUCGAUCCAACAUGGCUCAGCCGCGCCAUGCGCGACCAGACCAUGUACCGCGACGUGCUGACGGAGAUCAAAGCGUGUGGCGGGAAUGCGUCGGAGCAAAAGAUUGCGGAGUGGGAGGGUAAGAUUGGGAGGUUGAUGCGGUGGGCGAUGAAUGAGACGGAGAGAAGAGAGGCGAUGGGGUGGAAGGAGGGGAAGGGGUGGACGGCGGUCACGGGGAUGGAUGCGGAGUGGGUUUUUGAGGCUGCGUGGAGGAUUAGGGCGGUGGAUGAGGUGGAGGCUGCGUUGGAGGGGAUGAUGUCACCGGGACAUGGAAAGUCGGGGCAGGGGAAGAAACGAAAGGUGCUGGAUGAUGGUGAGGUGCUGGAAAUCGAUGAGGGAAGGUUCACAAGGAGUAAAAAGAAGCGGCAAAAGAUCGCGCAUGCUGUAAAAGGGAUUGAACGUGGUAGACGAGGUUGA